AUGAGCUUUAUAACUUCGUGCUUGCCAUGCUUUCGAAGUUGCCUGGACUGCGUUCAAGGACCUAGUUUCAUGGGGUCUGCUUCUUACAGCAAUUUCACUACACCCAUUGUUCCUACCGUUCGUUUGGAUGUUGGGCAUAUGGGGAAGGACGUUGUCCUCCUCAAAGAAGGAGAACGAAUCUGUGGAACAGGUGCGGCUCUUGCUACAGUCCCCAUUGUGCAAAACAAAGCUUAUUUCCAAGUUACUCUGCAACAAUCAGGAACCUGGGGUAUUGGACUAGGGAAUAAGAAUACCAAUUUGGAUACGAUCCCUGCUGUUCAGAAUUUCUGGGGAAUUCGAGAGAAUGGUGAUGUUGUUGCUAAUGGUGAUGUCAUCGGGAAACUAAACAAAGCUUUAGACGAGGGAGAUUGCAUUGGUGUAUCAUAUGACCAUAUAGAACUGAAAUUUUUCGUGAAUGGAGAGGAAGCCGAACCGGCGAUUACAAAUGUUAAAAGCCCGGUUUAUCCGACUAUUUAUGUAGAUGAUUCCGCUAUUAUGGAUGUGAAGUUCAAGAACUUUUCUUAUGAUGCUCCUCCAGGCUUUGAUGAGAUUCUGGUAGAACAAACAUUGCUUUAG